GAGGAGGAGGAGGAGGAGGAGUACGCGCGGGCUGGAGGCGGCGGCGGCGGCGGCGGCUGCGGCUGCGACUCGGUGCUUUGAGCCGGAACCGCCGGUGAACUUGGGCGCCACGUUCCCGGUGAUGGGCCCCCGGGGACGGUGAUCGCGAGCCGCUGCUGCCCCUCCCUCCGCCGCUGCUUCUCUGGGGGCUGCAGAGCGCGGGGCACCUCCGUCGCCUCCCCUUGACCGGCUGUGGGUGAACCUGCAGGCUUCCGACCCACCCGGAGGACUUUUUUUGAAAGGAAAGCAGGGAGGGAGGGAGAGACAGAGAGGGAGGAAACGAAGGGGAGCUCGCUCGUCCGUCCACUGAAGCACAGGUCACUAUGAUCUUACUUACCUUCGGCACUGGAAGACGGUUGGAUUUCGUGCAUCAUUCGGGGGCAUUUCUCUUGCAAACCUUGCUUUGGAUUUUAUGUGCUACCGUCUGCGGAACGGAGCAGUAUUUCAAUGUGGAGGUCUGGUUGCAGAAGUACGGCUACCUUCCACCGACUGACCCCAGGAUGUCUGUGCUGCGCUCUGCGGAAACCAUGCAGUCAGCCUUAGCUGCCAUGCAGCAGUUUUAUGGCAUUAACAUGACAGGGAAAGUGGACCGAAACACAAUUGACUGGAUGAAGAAGCCUCGGUGUGGCGUACCUGACCAGACAAGAGGUAGCUCCAAAUUUAAUAUUCGUCGAAAGCGAUACGCAUUAACGGGACAGAAGUGGCAGCACAAACACAUCACUUACAGUAUAAAGAACGUAACUCCCAAAGUAGGAGACCCUGAAACCCGUAAAGCUAUUCGCCGUGCCUUUGACGUAUGGCAGAAUGUAACUCCUCUGACGUUUGAAGAAGUUCCCUACAGUGAAUUAGAAAAUGGCAAACGUGAUGUGGAUAUCACCAUCAUUUUUGCAUCCGGCUUUCAUGGAGACAGUUCUCCCUUUGAUGGAGAGGGAGGGUUUUUGGCACAUGCCUAUUUCCCUGGACCAGGAAUUGGGGGAGAUACUCAUUUUGACUCAGAUGAACCAUGGACACUAGGAAAUCCUAAUCAUGAUGGAAAUGACUUGUUUCUCGUAGCAGUUCAUGAACUGGGACAUGCUCUGGGAUUGGAACAUUCCAAUGACCCGACUGCCAUCAUGGCUCCGUUUUACCAGUACAUGGAAACUGACAACUUCAAACUACCUAAUGAUGACUUGCAGGGCAUCCAGAAGAUAUAUGGUCCACCUGACAAGAUUCCUCCACCAACGAGACCUCUGCCGACGGUGCCCCCGCACCGCUCCAUCCCGCCGGCCGACCCCAGGAAGAAUGACCGGCCCAGACCUCCCCGGCCUCCCACUGGCAGGCCUUCCUAUCCUGGAGCCAAACCCAACAUCUGCGAUGGGAACUUUAACACCCUCGCCAUUCUUCGCCGUGAGAUGUUUGUUUUCAAGGACCAGUGGUUUUGGCGAGUGAGAAACAACAGGGUGAUGGAUGGGUACCCCAUGCAGAUCACUUACUUCUGGCGGGGCUUGCCUCCUAGUAUCGACGCAGUUUAUGAAAACAGUGAUGGGAAUUUUGUCUUCUUUAAAGGUAACAAAUAUUGGGUGUUCAAGGACACGACUCUUCAGCCUGGUUACCCUCAUGACUUGAUUUCUCUUGGAAGCGGAAUUCCCCCGCAUGGUAUUGAUUCAGCCAUUUGGUGGGAGGACGUUGGGAAAACCUAUUUCUUCAAGGGGGACAGGUAUUGGAGAUACAGUGAAGAAAUGAAAACCAUGGACCCUGGCUAUCCCAAACCAAUCACAGUCUGGAAAGGUAUCCCUGAAUCUCCCCAGGGAGCCUUUGUGCACAAAGAAAAUGGCUUCACGUAUUUCUACAAAGGAAAGGAGUAUUGGAAAUUCAACAACCAGAUACUCAAGGUAGAGCCUGGAUACCCCAGAUCCAUCCUCAAGGAUUUUAUGGGCUGUGAUGGACCAACAGACAGAGACAAGGAAGGACACAGCCCGCCAGAUGAUGUAGACAUUGUCAUCAAACUGGACAACACAGCCAGCACUGUGAAAGCCAUAGCCAUUGUCAUCCCCUGCAUCCUGGCCUUAUGCCUCCUGGUCUUGGUUUACACUGUGUUCCAGUUCAAGAGGAAAGGAACGCCCCGCCACAUACUGUACUGUAAACGCUCUAUGCAAGAGUGGGUGUGAUGCAGGGGUUUCCUUCCCUUUCUUUCUUUUCCAGGAGUUUGUGGUAACUUGAGAUUCAAGACAAGAGCUGUUAUGCCGUUUCCUAGCUAGGAGCAGGCUUGGGGCAGCCUGUUCUGGGGCCGCCCUUUCAAAGCCAGAGGGUUGCUGGUCCUGCACAUGAGUGGAAAUGCACUCGUGGGAAGCUUCCAUGAUGCACAGUCUGCUGUCCCUCAGUCCUUUGUCUUUCCUUGUCAUUCAGUUCUAGGCCUUUCCUCUGCACGCUCAAUGCCCAGUAAAUGUCAGGAUUAACUAAAGAAGAGGAAAAAGAAGACAAGGUUCUUCUUAAAGGUUUCUAAUACUAUGUUCUUUUUUUUUUUUCUGAAGUCUGAGCCCAUUUCUGAGGGGAAAAAACAAAAUGGAAAAACCCACGAAUUUUUGCUUUAAAGCAAAGAAAAUUAAAAAAAAAAGAGGUUAAACAAAACACCCACAAUUGAACUUUCAGGAAAGUGUGAAGACCCAAAACAGCUUUGUCUCCAAAGAAGAUAGCUCUCUGACGGCUAUGGAUGGCCUCCUAUGCUUCGCUUCUGUCAGGUGGGAGACCUGGAAUACACAUGUAGGACUUCAGACUGUUGGCACAGCCAUUUCCAACCAACAAGGGGCCAAAAUAUCUGCAAUAUAGUAACAGCCUUAAUAACACAUCAAAUUUUCGUUUUAUACAGCUGGUUCUCAGCUAUGUCCUGAAUGUUUCAUCACAUUUAUAUUCACAGCCGUAUUCAGGCAGGACCUUUGAAUUGUUUUGAAGUGUUUCUAAACCCCUUCUGGCCACUUUCCCCUGCAUCAUUGUGAUGACGCCCCAGAUCGCAUUAGGCCAUCGCCCCAGGCCCUCCCUGGGUCUGUCAGGGAUACCCGUUACAAGUGGAGCAAGAAGCAGUGUGUCUUGAAAGUGGUUUAAAGUGACAGUUACUUUAUCAGGAUAUGUGGCACUAGUAAUACAUUGGUGUAACCCUUUGAGAACUAUCAACCAGCUUUCAGAGUCUUAGGCUCCUCAGUCUUGCUAAUCUGGUAAAUUACAGAACUGGGCACUGGUGAAAUCAGACACAGGUCCAAGAAGUCCAGGUUUUUAAAACAGAUGUCCCAUAACCCCGUGUACUUUUUAAGUGAUUUACAGGACGACAUAAAUGCAUUUAUAACAAACAGAAAUGAUGUUACUUGCCAAAAAUUUUCUGGCAAAUAAAAAGGUAUUUUAUUAAA